AUAAUCGAGCAGUACGUCCCGGCCUCUUUUUCCAUACAGGUGAGUGCGAUGCUGUUAAUGUUUUACCUGGAGGCCCGUGACGUCAGAUCUGACGUGUCCCUUCAAGAAAAGGAACCGUGGAAGCCAUGAGUACAUUUAUACCCAUUUAGACUACUUUACUGGCGAAAGGAAACGCUUAAAAUUUAAGCGGACAAGCUUGUAGUGGUUGAAAUACUUGCGGAGUGAUCCAUUUGGUGCUGAUAAUGUCUGCCUCCGCUGUCUUCGUUCUGGACUUGAAAGGAAAGGUGCUCAUAUGUCGGAACUACAAGGGCGACGUGGACAUGGCUGAGAUUGACCAUUUCCUGCCUUUGCUCAUGACACAGGAAGAGGAGGGGCUUACCUGUCCAAUCAUGUCGCACGGCAAUGUUCAUUUCCUGUGGAUCAAGCACACCAACCUGUACUUGGUGGCCACUACCAACAAGAACUCCAACGCCUCUCUGGUCUAUGCCUUCCUCUAUAAAGUGGUUGAGGUGUUCACAGAGUACUUUACAGAGUUGGAGGAGGAGAGCAUACAGGACAACUUUGUGGUGGUCUAUGAGCUACUGGACGAGCUCAUGGACUUUGGCUUCCCCCAGACCACCGACAGCAAGAUCCUGCAGGAGUACAUCACGCAGGAGGGCACCAAGCUGGAGGUGGCUAAGACUAAGGUUCCCACCACUGUCACCAACGCUGUGUCCUGGAGGUCAGAGGGCAUUAAGUACAAGAAGAAUGAGGUCUUCAUCGAUGUCAUCGAGUCCAUCAACUUACUGGUGAAUGCCAAUGGCAGUGUGAUGAGCAGUGACAUCGUGGGCACUGUCAAGCUGAAGACCAUGCUGUCUGGCAUGCCUGAGCUGAGACUGGGACUCAAUGACCGAGCGCUGUUCGCCCUCACUGGCCGCGACAAAGGGAAGACUGUAACGAUGGAGGACGUUAAGUUCCACCAGUGUGUUCGUCUGUCCCGUUUCGAGAGUGACCGCACCAUCUCCUUCAUCCCUCCUGACGGAGAGUCUGAACUCAUGUCCUACCGCAUCAACACUCACGUGAAGCCUCUGAUAUGGAUUGAGUCUGUCAUCGAGAAGUUCUCUCACAGUCGAGUUGAGAUCAUGGUUAAGGCUAAAGGGCAGUUCAAGAAGCAGUCAGUAGCCAACAAUGUGGAGGUGCGGGUUCCUGUCCCCAGUGACGCUGACUCCCCCAAGUUUAAGACCAGUACAGGCCACGCUAAAUACGUCCCUGAGAAGAACCUGGCUGUGUGGACUAUCAAGUCCUUCCCUGGCGGUAAGGAGUUUCUGAUGCGGGCCAGCUUUGGCCUGCCCAGUGUGGAGAAUGAUGAGAUGGAGGGCAAACCUCCCAUCACUGUCAACUUUGAGAUUCCAUACUUCACAGUGUCAGGGAUACAGGUGCGGUACAUGAAAAUUAUAGAGAAGAGUGGUUACCAGGCCUUGCCCUGGGUCAGAUACAUCACACAGAGUGGAGAUUACCAACUACGGAGUAACUUCUAAACCAUGGUGGCUAACGUCUGCCUUUGCUUCCAGAGAUCAUUGUUCAAUUUAAUUGCACACUAAAAAAAGGAAAAUGUCUUUGAAUUUCAUUGAAAUGCUCUUCUUAAUAAUGUUACUGUAUAAAAUUGUUUGUGAUUUUAACUUUUAUGUCAUGCAAUGUAAUUUGUGAUUUUAAUUGCUUUACUCAUUGUCUCUUAGAUUGUUAAAUGUUUAUAUUAAACUAUAGCCUUGAAGUACCGUAA